UUUUAAUUCUCCGCUUUAGACAAUUCUAUAAACAAAAAGCCUUAGAACUAUAAUUUAUAUAAACAUCUGCUUCUUAUUAAUGCAAAAAUCAUUUGAGUUACGAACAAUAAUUAAAAGGAUUAAGCAUAUUCCUAACAACAGCUGCUAGAAGAAGAAAACCGCCAGCUGUGAUUUGAUUGCUAAUACUACAGUUAGUUUUUUAAGAAAUUAUUUCAGCAGAAAAAAAAAACUCUAACAAAAUGCCGUUCAUGAAAGGUAGAGCGCCUGUACGGCGUACUUUAGAAUAUUUAAACGCUGGCCGGCUGAUUUUAAAAGAUAAAGUGAGAAUAUUUAGCGUCAAUUAUAAUACAUAUGGCGAACAUCAUGCCGGAGCGAGGGACUUUGUUUUUUGGAAUAUAUCGCAAGUGCAAUUUAAAAAUCCUGAUGUUCAGGUAAUUACUUUUAAAAAUAUGUCACCUUCGCCCUUCAUACGUUGUUACUUUGAUGAUGGACGGGAUAUGUUAGUUGAUAUUGACAGCAAAGAUCGUCACGAAAUUAUGGACCAUCUAUUGAAAGUUUUGGGGAAAACAAAAAAACAGUUGGACGCCGAAACCAGAAUGGCGGAGAGCAAAGACAACCCAGCCAAUUUCGGUUACGGUUGCAAUCGUCAUUGUAUAUGCGAAAUACCUGGCCAAGUUCCUUGUCCCGGUACCGUACCUUUACCCGAUCAUUUGCGUGGCAAACACAUAUUUGCUCCUAAGUAA